UUUCAAGAAAGCAAUAAUUUCAUUCCUUUCUUUGUACACAAGAACAUGUCACCACAUUUUUUCUCCAUUUUCAUUGCUCUAUACAAUUUUUUUAAUCACUAUAACACAUUCAUAGAUCCCUUUGACCUUCAAAAUAUGAUAUAUCAAAUCAAACAAACAUGAAAAAAACCCUCACACUUUGAGUUUUUUCUUGUCCACUUUCUAUCAAAAAAACUCAUUUUUUUUCCCCUUAGAAUAUGAAUCUAGCUUGAUGAUCAAAGACCCUUUUGCCUUUUGUUUGUUUGUUUGUUUCAAGUUUUUUCUUGUUCACUUUCUAUACUUAUAAUCUUGAAUCUUUUUGCAUAUCUAGUUUGAUAAUCUAAUACCCUUUUGCCUUUUGUUUUGUUUUCAAUUUUUUUUCUUGUUCACUUUCUAUCAAAGACUCAAUUUUUUUUUUGUUCACUUUGUAUCAAGACUCAUUUUGUUUGUGCACUUUGUAUCAAGAAACUCAUGUUUGAUACUUAUAAUCUUGAAUCUUUUUGCAUAUCUAGUUUGAUCAUCUAAUACCCUUUUGUCUUUUGUUUUGUUUUCAAUUUUUUUCUUGUUCACUUUGUAUCAAAGACUCAUUUUUUUUUUCAAUUUGUAUCAAGACUCAUUGUGUUUAUCCACUUUGUAUCAAGAAACUCAUGUUUGAUACUUAUAUUAUGAAUCUUUUUGCAUAACUAGUUUGAUGUUCCAAUACCCUGUUGGCUUUUGUUUUGUUUUCAAAUUCUCUUUCUUGUUCACUUUGUAUCAAAGACUCAUUUUUUAUACUUAUAUUAUGAAUCUAUCUUUAUGCUUUCAUGAGGCUAUUCCACAUAUUCACUCAACUCCAUUUCUUUUUGUUUCACUUUGUAUCAAGAAUCAAUAUUUAUACUAAUGAUUUGAAUCUGUUUAUGCAUAAUCUUGUCUAAUGAUCAAAUACCCUUUUGGCUUUUGUUAACAUAUUUAUGCUCUGAUGAGGCUAUUUCGUCGAUGUACGAGGAUUUCUAUCCUCUCUUUGCUUGCUAUUUCAGUCUUCACUCCUGUUUUCUUGCUUUCAUAUAGGCUCAAAAACCUUAACUCUAAUGCAUCUAGAGACUUUGUUGAAGACUUAUCGAUUCUUAGAAACAAGUAUCUGACUGUGAGUUUUAACUUUUGGGGGGGUUCGGAUUCUCGUCUUCAGAAGCACAGAGUAGAUGCUCAGGCGAAUAGUGCAGUUCAACAGGAAGAAGUUGAAGACCUAAAAGGACCACACUUGGUUGUCUAUAGAGAUGGAGAUCACGGCUCUUUAGUCAGCUUGAAUGAGAACGAUAGCCUUGACAAAGCAGAGAAUGUUAACUCAUUGCAAAAUAAUGGAACCACAUACGGCGGAGACAGAAAAAAUCAACAAAAUCUAUAUGAGAAAAGAGUGUCCUCAUCUAGCGAAAAGGAAAAGUCGAGACCAAAAGGGGUUCAACACAGUCGGAGCAUACAGUCUCAUCCGCAGAGGCCAUUAGACGAGAAGGUUAAAGAGAUGAAAGAUAAGGUGAUAAGGGCCAAAGCGUACUUGAGUUUUACACCACCAGGUAGCAACUCUCAUUUUGUGAAAGAGAUAAAGCUACGAAUUAAAGAGCUAGAACGAGCUGUGGGUGGUGUUACUAAAGAUUCUCGCUUGUCACGGAGGGCCAUGCAAAAGAUGAAAGCGAUGGAGGGGACCCUGCUGAGAGCAAGCAGAAUAUAUCCAGAUUGCUCAGCUAUGGUGAAUACACUACGUGCCAUGACGUAUAAUGCUGAAGAACAGCUUCGAUCACAAAGGGAUCAUACUUCCUUCCUCGUACAGCUCGCUGCAAGAACUACACCAAAAGGCCUUCACUGCCUUUCCAUGCGGUUGACUGCUGAAUAUUUCGCUCUGCAGCCUGAGGAACGGGAGCUUCCUAACCAAAACAAACUGCAGGAUCCUGAUCUAUAUCACUUUGCUGUUUUCUCAGACAAUGUUUUGGCAUGUUCCGUGGUUGUCAAUUCAACCGUUUCAACCGCUAGGGAUCCAGAGAAAAUUGUCUUUCAUAUAGUGACGGAUUCUCUUAACCUGCCAGCCAUGUCGAUGUGGUUCUUGAUGAAUCCUCCGGGAAAAGCUACCGUUCAAAUCCAGAGCGUUGACAGUUUUGAAUGGUUAUCGACCAAGUACAACGAGGAUCAGCAGAAGCAAAAGGGCCUUGAUCCAAGAUACACUUCUGUGCUGAACCACUUACGUUUUUAUCUGCCUGAUAUUUUUCCUUCCGUGAACAAGAUUGUGUUCCUCGACCAUGAUGUAGUUGUGAAAAAGGAUCUAACCAGACUUUGGCGCAUCAACAUUAAGGGUAAAGCGAACGGUGCAGUGGAGACUUGUGUGGAAGGUGAGCCUUCAUUCCGCCGAAUGGAUAUGUUCAUCAAUUUCACAGACCCCUCGGUAGCAACAAGAUUCGACUCAAACACAUGCACUUGGGCAUUCGGGAUGAAUGUAUUCGAUCUGCACGAGUGGAGGAAACGAAACUUAACUGCACGCUAUCACAAGUACUUGGAUCUGGGAAGUAAGAGACCGCUACUGAAAGCCGGUAGUUUGCCGAUUGGUUGGAUGACGUUUUACAACCACACACAUGCUCUCGACAGGACAUGGCACCUACUCGGUUUGGGGUAUGACUCGGGGGUCACACGAGCCCAGAUCGAGCAGGCAGCAGUGGUUCAUUACGACGGAGUUAUGAAACCAUGGUUAGACAUUGGAAUCCAUAAGUACAAGUCAUAUUGGAACAAACAUGUUAGCUAUGAACAUCCAUAUCUGCAACAAUGCAAUUUACAUCAGUAGCCUUGGCGCGACGGUACCAAGUUCCUUCCAUGUCAUCACGAUGUCAUCACGAAGUCACGAGUUCAAGCUAUGAAAACAAUCUCUUGCAGGACUUCAAGGUCACGUUGCAUACAACAGACUUAAUGUAGUCUAGGUCUUUCCGGGAUACGCACACAUAGCAUAAGCUUAGUACACCGAACUCUUUUUUUUAUGUGUGUAGGAAACACUUUACGAGUUACGUUCACUUGAUUCUUUCCAUAUUAAUCCACUAUAUAUUCUUCUUUGUAAAGUUUUGGGAUCACACAUAGUGGGAGCUUUAGUGCACCGGGCUGUCCCUUUUCUAUUGUUACAAAUUAGUGAAUGAGAUUAUAAUGACUUGUGAUUGUAAAGUUAUUCUAAUUUGUGGCUAGCCCUUCAUUGGAAAAUUCUACCA